AUGGCCAUCGAGCCAACAAUCACCCGUGUGCUUGUCCGCUCGAAAACGCAUCUGGUCCAAGGCGACAGCUACAAUGAUAAGUGCAACGUGUUGAAAAACAAGAUCUGCCAGGAAGUAUGGAACCGCGACUUUGACCCCCAACAGGAUCGAUGGUUUACCUACGGUGCCCUUUUCGGUUACGACAACCGCCGUUGCUAUUUUCUUGUUGAUAAUGGUCCGCAUACCGCUGAUGAGAUACCGGUUCAGUGGUACGAAUGGACGGGAAGCCAACUGUAG